AUGUCGGGCAGACAUGAAAAAGAUAGAAAAAUCCCUGUAGAUGAUGAGGGUAUUCUUAAUUGUGUGAUAGAAUAUGCAAACGUUAACAGUAAAUCUCGGCAGUUCGUUCGGUCCCAAGUUAUACCGGAUGAUCAGUCACAAUUAUGUACUCAAUAUCCGUUGUGUCUCCAAAAUUCCCGCGUUCUGAAUAACGAUUGCGGUGAUACGUGUAUGACUAGAAAUAUUGACUCUAAAAGGCAUGGAGAUUCUGUAAGCGAAGAUCCAUCGAAGUCUUUUGUCUUUUCAAACAUGUCACAAUUUGGAAAUAAACAAAUACUUGGAGAUGAAUUUCGGACUUCACAUUCGGUUAAACGUCCUUAUGAGUCAUUCUGUUUAGUUUCAAACUCUUCUGCAAAGCGAAAUUGCUGUACUGUUGGGAAAGAUGAAUGUGAAGAACAGUCUCAUGAACCAUCGACAUCAAAUAAUCAAUUUGACAGCCUAGCUUCUCGUGGCUUCGAUUUAUCUUCGGAAAUCAGAACUACAGCUCGAAGGUCAGAAAAUCAUUCUUUACCUUUGGCUCACAAUUUAACCUAUGAAAUCGGAGUACCAAAUGAAGUCCCGGAUGUUGCGCUAAAACUAACAGAGAAUAAAUACAGGUCUGACCGUAAAUCGCCUCCUUAUUGUGUAGCUCAUUCAUUCACGAUGGCUGAAAUGGAACAAGCUAAAAAGUUAGAAAAGGAUGAAAAUCUUAUUCCGUCUUUUUCCCCCCUCAGUAAAUCUCGGGCUCCUUCUUCGACAGUUUCACCAGAAUCUUCAUAUGGCAACUCUGUAGUUUCAAUUUCAAAACGGAAUAGCAUUUUUAUUGGUUCCGCUGCACAACGUUCCCGUGAUGUUAACAGGGACAGUUGUUUUAUUCAAGAAGCUGUUGAUAGCUCUGGUAUUUAUAUACCUGGAGUAGAUCUACUGAUAGACGACUCUGAAUGUGAGCCCAUCGAUCUUAUAUCUAGGUUCAGCAGAACUCCAAUUUCUUCACCCAAAAUAGUUGACCCCGGUAGCACGAUAUCAUGUGCUCUUGCUGGACCUCUCUCUUCGUCUCAUAUCUUCAACCAGCUAGAUUCCAAUGUCGCACAAAGACGUACAUCUUCGGCUGCUACAUCAUCGCUGAGUGCUGUUUCUGCCGGAAUGGAACUGAGUAAAGCUACGAAGGAACGUUGCGCACAGCUAAGGCAACGUCGGCGAGCACAACCAACUGAAAGACAACCAUUACCUGCUUUGCAUCUGCACCUAUCAAAAGAUGGUACAAGUCCCCUGCCUCCAGGGUGGCAAAGAGCACCAAAUACUAGGCGUUCGACAGAAGGGCAAGAUCUAGGGGAUAGUUCUGGCACAUAUGCUUAUUAUUAUUACCAUGUCCGAACUCGUCAAACUAGGUGGGAUCCACCUGUAUAUCCAUGGGACGCCGAUCCUACGGAUACUCUUCUUGGUGAAACCGGAGAGGAUGACCCGGAAGCUCCUUACAAUUGGGGAUGUGCGUCGCGAUUCGCUGUCACACACGAAGAAAUUGAAGCUUUCCAAAACUCACUCUUAUGCACAAAAGGAAUUCUUUAGAACCGUUUGUUCUGCUGUACAAAAGCCAAUAAUUUCCAAACCGAACUUAUGUUACAGAUGUAUAAUCGCGUGCGUCAACGAAUAUUGGAACGUCAGUGCAUUGAUCUUCUGCAUGAAUUGGCAGGCAGACCAGAUGCUCCUCAGGAUGUAACUGAACAAGGCUUUGCCAUGGAAGUUAGUCCUUUUAUUUUUCUCAUGUGUUACUUUUUUGUAAAUUAAACACUCCUACUGUUAAAUCAGAGACGUGCGAGUAAUUAGAAUAAGGUGUUUUAUCCACUUGGAGUAACAUUUUAAGGAAGGCCAGGCUAUGAAGACCGUAUUGCAUGUAUGAAGUUAUUAACUGAUAUAACGUGUGUAAGAUAGCCUCAUCAUUACAAGCUAGAUUCAAGAACUGUUGAAUAUGUAUGAUAAUUUUAUCCAAACACCUAGAUUACUAUGGACCACAGCUUGUCAUGCGAACUUGGACGUAAACUACACUUACGUCUUAUAAAAUUCAUGAGGAUUCUUGGAAUUAUCGGCUAAAUAAUCUGUUGUUUACCACCUACAUAUAGAAUCGGGCGACUUAUUUUGAUAAAUAGCAUAAUCGGUUUUUUAAAAAUACAUUAAAAAUAUUGCGACUGGCUAGAUGAACAAACUACAAUAUUUUUAUUUCAGUUAUUCACUUUGGUCCACAAUACGUUACGUGGCUUUCGUGAUGCUCGAUGUAAACUUGGUCGUAUUGUUAACGAUGAAGAUUUAUACUACUUAACAAAAAAGCUUGCUCAGGCCGUAAUCCUAAAAGAAAUACAGAAAUUUCAUCAAGCCCAGGCAGCGAACACUUCUUUAUUUUCAACUGUUCUUACUCCUGAACUUCCUUCGACAGUGCGAUCAAGAGUUACCACUUAUGUUAGGCGAUACAUGGAGUCUAAGGGAGCAUUCUAUCGUCGCCGAGUUCAGCUAAUACCUGCAACAGGUAUUUCUCGUCCGGAACAGGCAGCUCAUCUAAAACCAGACCCUGCUAUUUUUAAGCCAUCUGUCAACAGUAGCAUGCGUUCUCGACCUGUAACGCAUCCUCAGAAUUUCAGCAAUGUAUCUCACCAUACAAAUUAUGUAGACAAUGCUUUUUCGCAAUCUGCUCCUCCCAUUAAUACUACUGCAGUUAUUCCAGCACGCCGCUAACAACUCAAAAGUAUUGCUUCCGUCAAUAAUAUCUGUAAUUGUAUAUUUUUAGAGGGUUCCUUUAUUCAAGUUGCUAUUUUGGAUUUCUAUCCACUUGUUGCUUUAUAGUUAAUUUCCCUAUCAUAGUGGUCAAGUCUAAGACAGGUGUUAGCACCGCAUAUUUUAUCGUCCUGCCCUACAUGAAAGUGGUUAUGUCGGAUACUCGACAACUAGCUUGCGCUUUAAAUAUGGAAAUUAUUAAUUUUUAUUUAAGUCUUUUGUAAAUAAACUUACAAACUGAUUCCUUUGCAAGCUCUUUAAUGUUAUUUUUUUCCCAAGUCUAUGUCCGUAUGUUGUUAUUGCCCAGUAAUCUCAUCAAGUAUGCAAUUUUCCUGUUUUAUAACUUUUGCAUGUAUUUAAUAAAAAAUGCAACGGCAGGUGUGAUACAGGUGUUAAUAUGAGAUUUGUACUAUUGAUUUGUAAUAAAAUUGUAAUGAGAAUCUAUAUUUUGUAAUUUUUUUUACGUUUCCGAUGUAAUAAUACAAUUUUGGUUAUGCUGAAA